GUGCUUCUCGUGUAAAAGAUUGGAGAAGAAAGUGUAAUGACUCCAUAAAAACAUUUUAGACUCUUUUCAAAAGAAAUCUUUUCCAUUUGACAAUGAAACACAAGAGUCGAUGUGUGAACCGUUGAUAACCAUUCAAAAUAAAGUUUCGUCAUCCGGAGCGGCUUGUUGGCUUGAUGAGGAAAAGUUGAUUCUUGUUGGUAAUGUCACAAAUUUUGAUCAGAAUGUCAAAGAUGUCGAUGAAUUCGUUCGUAAAGCUAACAUGUUUUCGAAGAAGAGCUUUGAAGUUGACGAUUGCAUUAGCGAUUCCAUCGUGAAAGAAUUACCUCAGCUUCAAGAAAGUCUAAAGUCCCAUAAAAUAACGUUAAACGAAAAAGAACUUGUUGUCGUUGGCUUGAAAAGCGACUUCAGCCAUGCUUUAAAAACUGUCAAUGCCUUUCUGGGACGUCUGAAAUUAGCAGCCGUCACUGUCGAGGUUGAUUGUGAUGUUCUGAAAUUUGUGAUGAACCGUAAAUUUUUUUCGUGCGACCUCGCCGCAAGACUGAAAAACUUUAAGGCUGAGUUCCAACCAUUUGAAGAGGGUAAUGCUUUCUUAAAGAUCGUCCAAUCAGAUACGGGCAGCGUUAAAAAUUGGCCUGAAAAGUGCGAGAAUACGGCAAAGAAGUUUUUUGAUCAAUUUCGUGUAGAAAGAUUUAAAAUUAGCGCAGGAGCUGAGAACGCUGUUUCUAAGAAAGUUGAAGGUAUGAUAGAUUCAAUCCGCUCCGAUCAAAUUGAUUGUUGGUUUAUCCUGGAAAAAGAAGAAAUCGUUAUAGUUGGACUGAAAAAAAACGUUGAUUCCGUUAUUAAAUUGGUUGAAAACAUUAUAAGAAUGACGACAGAAGAACACGAAAAACCAAAGCAAGUCGUUAGGUAUGCUGACGUUCCAUCUUCUGAUCAUGCUGAUUUCCUUGAAAAACAACAAUUCCUGAGAACGAUUAAAGAAAAUAAUCCUGGUUUGGUUGAGGUAAAUUUUGCGGACGACAAAUCAAGAACGAAAGUAUGUUUCGUGGGUUCUAAUGAAGCAACAAGUGAUGGAAUUGAAAGGUUCGAUGAUUUUAUGAAAAAUGUCGAGGUCCGCGAGUUAGGAUUAUCAAAAGAGGUUGUAUGUUUUAUGUCGAAAAAAUCUGGUGUGGAAUAUCUUGAUACACUUUUCUCGAAAGAAGACGUUGCUUAUCAUAUUUUAGUGACGUCGAAAGAUACCGUCAAAAUAAUUACACGCUCCGCUGAAGAAUACAAAGUAGUUCGAGAUCUUUUGUGUAAAAGCAUCUAUAUGGAAAGCAUCGACUUUCCUGCUCUACACGAACACAUUUUAUCCUCAAAACAGUGGUGUGAUUUGUUGAAGUCUAUAGAGGAAGAGAAGCCAAUUGACUACAAAGUUGAACGUGUUGAUAAAGCGCAAAUACAUUUAUAUGGUGCAAAACAUGUUGUAAACGAAUACAGCAGAAAGAUUCGACGUCUUAUCAGCUCUCUUACUUUAGAAAGCAAAAAGAAGAGUUUACUGCCUGGCGUUGCUCGUUUCAUAAAAGAGAAGAUGACCACUGAGAUUGACACGAUACAGACUCAUUUUAAAGAUGAACAUUUAAAAAUUGAAAUUGUUGGUCAUGAGUGUGAUUUAGUUGGCACAAAAGAAGGAGUUUUAGAAGGGUAUCUAAAGAUCCGUAAAUUAGAAAAUAAGAUUUUAUCAGAAUCAAAAGACAUGUCCCGUGUUCGUCUCAGUACUUUGAUGUUUGGUGAGAACGGUAAAAGGAAUGUGAAAGGCAUCGAAGAUGAAACUAAUGUGGUGAUAGAAGUUAUAGAAUUGGCGGACUCAGCCCGAGAUGAAGGUAUCAAAAAUGAAAACAUGACGUCAAUGACUGCGAGUGCUGUGUCAAACCCAGUAGAUCCUUUUGAUGUUUGUAAAUUCAUCACGAAAGAAGGUCUUAACGUGUCAUGGAAGUAUGGAAAUAUUGCCGAGGAAAGGGCUGACAUUUUGGUAAAUUCUGCUACAUCUGAUUUAACAAACCUUACCCAGAUCGGCCGUGCAUUAUUUUCUGUUGGGGGAAUGACGUAUCAGUUGGAAUGUAGUAGACAUCGCAAUGUUGCUGCUGGUGACAUCGUUACGACAAGUGGAGGUGAUUUACGUUGUAAAUAUGUUAUACAUGCUGUGUGCUGUGACUGGAGAUAUCAACAUGGAGAUGGUGAGUUCCUACCUAAUCUUAUAAUGAAAAUUUUACUGGAAUGUCGUCGACUCUCUGUGAAAUCUUUGGCAAUGCCUUUGAUUGGAACUGGAAAACACAAGUUUCCAGAAGAUGUUGUUUUACGCAGUAUGAGAGACUCAUUUAUUCAAUUUAGCUCUUCUUUUCCACCUACCACAUUGAAGGAAAUCAGACUGAUUAGGUUUGUCCGAAACAAUCAAGAAACAAGUAGAAAUUUUACGAGGGAUGCCCUUGGAUUGAGAAAGAGCAUAGUCUCGAAAUUGUACACAAACCAACCGAAACGUUAUCCGAUAUCAUUGGGUGAGAAUUCCGUUCAAAAUGUGAAAUUUCAAAUCUACGCCCGUUCGAAACAAGACAUAUCUACAGCUAUUGGCAAAAUUGAAGAAUUUGUCAACGAAAACAUAACGUCAAAGUUUGUUGAGCACGAAGAUCUCGGAAAAAUCGUGAACGAAAACAUGUCUAAAUUAAAGCGUUUGGCUAAGGACAAUGAAGUAGGUAUUGUGUGUGAAAACGAGUCAUCUGUUUCAAUCGAGGGACUAACGAAAAACGUAAUGACAGCCAACGAUAAAGUAGCCGCAAUGAUUCAUGAUUACAACAUUGCCAAACAUGAAAAGUCAAUAAAGGAUAAUAAUGAAACAGAAUCAUUGCCUCCCCAUUGGGAUUAUCAACAAAGCCACGAGUUUGUUAAACUUGUGCAAUUACUACCAUCAAGUCCUGAGUACCUUGAAGUGCUAAGUCAUUUUGUUCACAAUGGUGGACAUCAAUCGCAACUUCAAAAAGUGGAAAGAAUCCAAAACCCUCAACUUUACUCGAGGUAUAUGACUUUCAAAAAAACCAUGAAAACUCAACCAAACGAAAAGCGACUCUACCACGGUACUGAUGCAGCCAAUAUUGAAUCAAUAAACGUAUCUAAUUUAAACCGAAGCUUUGCCGGUGUCAAUGGUGUUGCGUAUGGUAAUGGUGUAUAUUUUGCUCGUAAUGCCUCAUAUUCAAUGCGAUACGCCAAAAGAGGAAUGUCGACAUCUUCAAAAAUGUACCUUGCCAAAGUUCUCGUUGGGUUGUACACUAAAGGAGCUCCUGGAUUGAAAGCACCUCCUUCAAAAAAUGAUCCUUUCAAUCCUGGUCUACGAUAUGACUCAGUUGUUGAUAAUUUAGUGAAUCCAAAUAUUUUCGUCAUAUUCCAAGACAACCAAUAUUAUCCUGAGUACCUGCUCACUUUAAAAUAAGGAUGGCCAUGUUACCCGCAGUAAAUUCUUUAAAACAAUGUUUUUUAUGGAAUAGGCUUGAUGAACUCUGUCUUUGUCAUUUUAAAUACCUCCUUUUAAAGGAAGCUUUCAUAGUUUGUUACGGGUUAGAGCAAGGGUAUUAAAAUUAGUUCACUGUC